AUGAAUGAGAAGGAAGAACGAGCCAUAAGAAAGCUCGAAGAUGAUGCUCAAACGUCAUUCGGGUACCUCGUUUCCGAUGAGAAGUCAAGCACUACAAGAGCACCCGAGGCUAUGGAUGUCAAGGCUGCCAAUGCUGUCGAUGUGACAAAGAAUACGCCGAAAUGGGUUCAUUUCAUUGCUGGUGGUAUUGGUGGCAUGGUAGGCGCAAUUGCUACGUGCCCUCUCGACGUGGUGAAAACUAGACUUCAAUCGGAUGUGUUUAACCAGACGUAUAAUAAGGCUCCAAAAUCAAGCAAUCCUUUGAUCAAAGGUGUUCAGCAUUUUGCGGAAACAUGUGGUGUCAUUGGUCAGAUUUAUAGAAACGAAGGACCCCGGGCUCUUUUCAGGGGUUUGGGGCCUAAUUUGGUGGGUGUGAUCCCAGCAAGAUCAAUCAACUUCUUCACAUACGGCGCAACAAAGGAUAUUGUCUCUAAGCGAUUUAAUAAUGGCGAGGAAGCCACAUGGAUUCAUCUUGUUUCUGGUAUCAAUGCCGGGUUCGUCACUUCAACGGCAACAAAUCCGAUUUGGAUGAUCAAGACAAGACUACAACUUGACAAGACGAAAGGGAAGCAUUAUAAGAACUCAUGGGACUGUCUUCGCUAUAUAUUGAAGACUGAGGGCUUCCGCAGCUUGUACAAGGGAUUGAGUGCAUCCUAUUUAGGUGGCAUUGAGUCCACCAUUCAGUGGGUCUUGUACGAACAAAUGAAACUGUUUUUAAACAGAAAGUCCUUAGAGAGGCAUGGAAUCAACCAGUCGGGUAAAACCACAAGUGAUCACAUUUACGAAUGGUGUGCUCGUUCCGGAGCUGCUGGCGCUGCCAAAUUCGUUGCAUCUCUCAUCACAUAUCCACACGAGGUGGUGAGGACCAGAUUGAGACAGGCUCCUCUAGAGUCUACCGGUAAGCCAAAGUAUACUGGACUUAUACAAUGCUUCCGUUUAGUGAUAAAAGAGGAAGGCUUUGUGAGUAUGUAUGGAGGCUUGACCCCACACUUGCUUAGAACGGUUCCUAAUUCGAUUAUUAUGUUUGGUACCUGGGAAUUAGUGGUUCGUCUCUUAUCCAAAGCUUAA